AUGCCUGGAGCUUCAAAUUCGAAUGCCAAGUCUCACGAUGAGCAAUUUCGUGAUAAAGACAAACCGGCGCAAAUCCGUGACAGUAACAUUGUCUCCGCCAAAGCCAUUGCAGACGCCAUCAGGACUAGUCUUGGGCCCCGAGGAAUGGAUAAAAUGAUUCGUAGUGGAAAUGGAGAUGUAACUAUCACAAAUGAUGGUGCCACAAUUCUUAAACAGAUGCAAGUUCUCCAUCCAGCAGCGAAAAUGCUGGUAGAGCUAUCCAAAGCUCAAGACAUUGAAGCUGGCGAUGGUACAACCUCAGUUGUGGUUAUGGCAGGCAGCUUGCUAAAUGCUAGCUCACAAUUAUUAGCUAAGGGAAUCCACCCAACAACCAUAGCAGAUGCUUUCCAGGUUGCAGCGCGUGGUGCUGUGGAUCUGUUGAAAAAAUUGGCGACUCCAGUCGAUUUGAGCGAUCGGGAAUCAUUGCUAAAGAGCGCCUCAACAUCACUAAAUUCUAAAGUUGUUUCUCAGUACUCCAAUUUAUUAGCUCCUAUCGCAGUAGAUUCUAUAUUGCGUGUGAUCGACCCUAAGACUGCAUCUAACGUUGAUUUAAGGGACAUCAAAUUGGUCAGAUUGCUUGGAGGAACAAUCGAUGAUACCGAACUAGUCGAUGGAUUAGUCUUUACUCAAAAGACUUCCCAUAUCGCUGGCGGAAUUACACGAGUAGAGAAGGCCAAAAUUGGGUUAAUUCAAUUCUGUUUAUCGGCUCCUAAAACUGAUAUGGACAAUCAAGUAGUCAUAUCAGACUAUUCGCAAAUGGAUCGCGUUUUGCGGGAGGAGAGACAGUAUAUACUUAAUUUAUGCAAGAAGAUUAAAAAAAGUGGUUGCAAUGUAUUACUCAUUCAAAAGUCCAUCCUUAGAGAUGCUUUGAGCGAUCUAGCAGAACAUUUCUUAGCGAAAAUGAAAAUUAUGAUUGUUCGAGAUAUCGAGAGAGAAGAUAUUGAAUUUGUAUGCAAAAGCCUUGGAUGUAGGCCUGCAGCCAGUGUCGAUCAUUUGACUCCUGAUGUUCUAGGUAGUGCUGGCUUAGUAGAAGAGGUUGAUACCGGAUUUAAUAAAGUUAUCAAGGUUACGGGGGUUGCUAAUCCCGGCCGAACCGUAACUAUUACUAUACGUGGUUCGAAUAAGUUAGUCUUAGAGGAGGCAGAACGUUCGAUACAUGAUGCUUUAUGUGUUAUAAGAUGCCUGGUUAAGAAUAAAGCCUUGAUUGCCGGCGGUGGAGCUCCAGAAAUUGAAGUUGCACUACGAUUGGCUGAACAUGCCAGAACUUUGUCUGGAAUGGAUGGAUAUUGUGUUCGUGCUUUUGCCGAGGCAUUCGAGGUUAUUCCCUAUACUUUAGCUGAAAAUGCUGGACUAAAUCCUGUCGCAGUUGUGACAGAGCUUCGUAAUAGGCAUGCCAAUGGUGAAAAGACAGCCGGGAUAAAUGUUAAGAAGGGUUUAAUCACCGAUAUCUUAGAAGAGAAUGUUGUACAGCCAUUGUUAGUAUCCAGUAGUGCCAUUCAAUUAGCUUCGGAAACUGUGAGAAGUAUACUCAAGAUUGAUGACCUCGUGGCUGCGAGAGGAUAAAUGUGAAUGUUAAUGGAAAUUACUUCACGAAAAUAUCUUUUUCAGACUUUUACAUCUAAUUGAACGUAAAUUGUGCUCGAUUUCUUUUUCAGAACAGCGCAAGACUUAUCUGCGCAGCAUUGAUUGAUAGUACAGCUUACAUCAGAUAUUGUAGGUUCGCCUUUGAGCGAAUCGCAUAUCAUAGCACAGAUCCACUUUUUUUCAAUUGUUCAUAUUUAAUUUGUUAUAAAUUUUGAAGUAACGU